CUGCUGACAUCCAGGACCUGCUCUCAACAGUCAGCAAUGUUGCUGUCAAGUCCUCAGACAAGAACACUCGCACUCGGGCACUUUGGGUGAUAGCUAAGCAGGCCUUUCCCUCCGAGGUGGUUAAAAAGGAGGUGUCCAAUAUUAUUUCCACCCUGGAAACAAUCCUGACCAAGGGAGAUGUACAGUCUAUGGUGGUGGAAUAUGAAGCCCUUAAUGUCAUUAUUCGGUUGAUGGAGCAGACUCCAGCCCAGAUGGGAGAAGAGGCUGUGAGAUGGGCAAAGCUGAUCAUUCCCUCAGUUGUCCACUCUGCUCACAAGGUGCAGCUACGAGGUGCUGCUGCCCUGGAGAUGGGAAUGCCACUGCUCCUGCAGAAACAGCAGGAAGUGGCAGCUGUCACUGAGCACCUGAUGACCACUAAAUUAAUCUCUGAACUUCAGAAACUCUUUUCUGCCAAAAACGAGACUUACGUCUUGAAACUGUGGCCGCUGUUUGUCAAAUUGCUUGGCAAGACUCUGCACCGCAGUGGCAGCUUCAUCAACUCCCUGCUGCAGCUGGAGGAACUGGGAUUCCGCAGUGGCUCUCCAGUGGUAAAGAAAAUAGCCUUCAUUGCAUGGAAGAGUCUAAUAGAUAAUUUUGCUCUAAAUCCAGAUAUAUUGUGCAGUGCUAAAAGGCUGAAACUGCUGAUGCAGCCCCUGAGCUCAAUCCACGUAAGAACAGAGGCACUGGCACUGACCAAGCUGGAGGUUUGGUGGUAUCUCCUCAUGAGGUUGGGCCCUCAGCUGCCUGCAAACUUUGAACAG